UUAAGAAUUUUGAAGAAAUUGCCCCGCCAUACGGAUAUCGUUAAUAUGACUUCCCGUCACUCAUCUAAACGUAUUCGACGUUCAACUAACGAACCAACCGAACCAGCUAACGAUUCACCAGACAAUCACAAUAUAUCACUUAUCGACUCUGUUAAUGAAACGUCGCCAUCUAACAAUACCGCCAAUUCAACUAUCGAAUCCUUGAAAAAGGGUCUAACCAGAAAUCUUAAUCUAGCUACAACAGUAGCAAAAGAAAUCGAUGAAAUGGAAAAAAGACACCUCGAUGAGAUAAAUCGCAUGAAACAGGCGCAUCAGACAGAUUUGAACGAAUUGCGACGAAGACUAUGCGUCUGUGAAAAAUGUCACAUCAGUAAUGAUGUUAUUCGUCGAUGCAAAGGCUGCAUGCGAACGAGCAAAACGUAAUGGCUUUCACCAAACCUACCCUCGCAGACGCUUUAUUCGAAAUGACGCCACCACCCACUCCACAAUCAUCAAUCAUCACGUAAUUUGACAACGAUUGACACAUUUUGUAAUUGUUUUACUAAAUUGAAUUUGACUAACGUUAUGAUUUGAAGUAUAGUAAAUUGACGGCAAUUACUGCAUCGGAAGAUAAAAUUUAUAAUAUACCGAAUUCAUGCUGUAGAUAACAGAAACUUUUAAUUUUAUUGGCUAAUAAACGUUCCCAUU